GCUUAUUUCACAAGUUUUCGUAGUUUAUUAAAAACAUAUUUCACAAAACGUAAUAACAUUUUUUUAUAAAACGUUAUACAUUUUUAGUUUACCCCCAAAUAGGAUUAGUUUGUAGUUAUAGUUUAAGGAAAUAAAAUCAUCAAGUAAAGUAAAUAUAAUGGAUUCACAAAAAACACAACAAAAUGCAUGGGGCAUAGCUUCAACAAAACCAACGGAAACAAUAAACUUCGCUGAAAUAAUGUCUGAAGAAUAUGCACAUCGUGUUCAAAAUCAAGAACAAAAACGUUUUGAAGAACGUUUAUUGCAACAAGCGAAGCAAGCAGCCACUGACGCCGAAAUAGCUACGGCCAUAAAUACUGAAACGCAGCCAUCUCAUCUUUACUCUGCAGUUGCAAAUGCUUCAUCAGUUAAUGAUGAAAAGCAAUCGCAAGAGGGUGAGUGGGAAGAUUAUUCUGCAUUAUUGACUGCUGCACAAGAAGAAGAUACUGUAGAAUGUAACUCGGACGCUGUCAUAGCGCAAAUGCUCCAAUCACAAUUUGAUCAUGAAUACAAUGAAGAGCUGCGACGAAUUGAGCAUAAACGUAACAAAGAUAGUAAGGUGACAGUAACCUUGGACAAGUACCGUCGUAAUGGUGACUUGGAAUUCUUAAACGAUUCAGAUGACUCUUUAGAAAAUGAUGAAGAAGCAAGUGGACAUAAGCGAGACUGGGAUCGUUUUGAAACCAACGAAAAAAUAUUAGACACAAUACCAAAAUGUGGAUUUAAACUAGACAAGGAGGGUGAAAUGAUAACCAAACAUGAUCCUCAACUGUGUGGAGUGCGUAAUGCUUGCCGAGUUAUGUCAUUUCCUCCUGAGUUUCCAACCGGUGAUGGCGCUGGAUUUGACAUGAAACUUUCCAAUCAAGUUUUUAACCAACUGAAAACAUAUUCUCGUCGCGGUAAUAAGAAAAAUAAAAUGCACGAUCGCAAAGCUAAUGUGGCCACAGCAGAAAUGGGUGUCGACGCACCUACUCGUCUGCUACUUUAUAAAUUAAUUAACAAUCAAAUAUUGGAGCAAAUAAACGGCAUUAUAUCGACAGGCAAGGAGGCCGUGAUCUUACAUGGAAAUUCUGAUCCUGCGUAUGCAGAAAUCGCAGAAAAUGCAAGCGGCUAUAGUGGCACCAUAUGCUCCCCACAAUUAUUACCAAAGGAGUGUGCUAUUAAGAUUUUCAAAACUACAUUAAAUGAAUUUAAGCAACGAGAUCGAUAUAUCAAAGAUGAUUAUCGUUUUAAAGACCGUUUCAGCAAACAGAACAAUCGUGUUAUUAUUAACAUGUGGGCUGAAAAGGAAAUGCACAAUAUAAUGCGUAUGCAAAGCGUCGGUAUUAAUUGCCCAGAUGUGGUCGUGUUAAAGAAACAUGUUUUAGUCAUGUCUUUCAUUGGUGAUAAUCAUAAUGCCGCGCCAAAACUCAAAGAUGCUCGCUUAAGUCAAUCGGAACUUUCUUGUGCCUAUGAAGAAAUUGUUGCAGCUAUGCACAAGUUAUAUAACGAAGCCAAAUUAGUACAUGCCGAUCUGAGUGAAUAUAAUAUACUUUGGUACGAUGACAAAUGUUGGUUUAUCGAUGUGGCGCAGUCAGUUGAACCCGAACACCCAAGUGCUUUAGAAUUCCUAAUGCGCGAUUGUGGCAAUAUAAUCAAUUUCUUCGAAAAACGUGGUUUGCCGAAUAUUUAUUCAAAAGAACAACUUUUUGAAUACAUAACAUCAUUAAAUGCCGAGACACAUAAUGCUGCCAUGUUAGAGCGUAUUCAUACGCGUGGUGCCUCGAUAGCUGAAGCCACAGCUCCUUACCAAGAGCAAUGUCCAGAUGAACUAAAGCCUAUUGCCUAUCCAUUCGACUUGGCCUGGGAAAAAUCGCAAAGCGAGCGACAACAACAAGCAACAAAUUCAGUUAUAGAUAAAGCCGCUACUGCGUUUGAGGUGUUAAAUAUCAACACUCCUGGUGUAGAACAAGAAAAUAAGUAGUAAGAAAUAUGCAGCUCAAACGAAAAUAUAGUGUUCAGUUAAACAACGGUUUUUUGGAAUUCUUUAUGAAAGAAAACAAGUGUCAAUAACCUCAAUCAGGAUGCAUAUAUAGAAAUGCCCAAACAUACUAAUGCAGUUUAAGUGAUUAAAACCAAGUUUUAAUCUUUGAAACUAUUUCGAAGUUUAUCAACGGGAAAAUUUUGUUAAAAACAACAUUAAAUAAAAAAGGUGGCAACUAUAUAAUAAAUGAAGUGAAAAUAAAGUUAAUUUAAUCUCCUUAA